ACAUAAAAUGAUUGGAUGAAACUGAAGAUCAACUAGCCUGAAUGAUGCCGAAGGAUGUAUAAUUAAUCUAGAUUUCAAUACCUUUUUUUUCCCUCUUUUUUUCCUCUCGAACCAUUCUUUUUUAUGUCAAUAUGUAGCAAUUUGUCUAUUUUGUCAUUUAUGUCCAAUAUUUUGGUCCAAUUUUAUAGAAGCACCUUGUGCACAAGCACAAAAGCUCUAGCCCAAAGCUCAUUCCAUUAAAAAAAUCAACUCAGUAAUUGAAUUGAAUCUACACAACCUGCCUUUCCUUGGCUGUAAGCAACAUGUGAAUUGCCACCUCGGAGGGAUGCAUAUUCUAACUUUCCGCAUAUAUACAUGAUUGACCUUCCAAGAUGACGACCUCGUGCUUGUUAGUACUAAGUAACAACUGAAUUGGCCCAUUGUGCUAAAUUUGUUUAUUUGCUAGAAACUAUCAAUAAUUAUAGAAAUUUUCAGUCCUCAACCCACAUGAUGGAGUUGGAACAAUUGACAAUUUUGAGUCGUAUUUUGAUAAUGGGACAAUAGCUUCUUGGAAGUACCUUUUUGAAGGGGUGGACUUGUAUCUUCAACUGUUAUGAGCGAGUAAUUGAUUUUCUGUGGGACAACUAAGGUAACUGAAUACUGAAAAUAUCACUUAUUAUUCGUGGGAAACUAGGAGAGCCAGGUCUCCAUUGUAAAAGUUGUCGCCCUUCUGAUAAAGGUUACAAUAUGCACAUGUAAUUAUUAAUCACCGUAUAAUUAUUAAUCUCCAUAAGUUUCAACAAUAUUAUGUAUAAGUGAUUGCAUAAUUACACUUCAUUUUCUUGGAUUCCUUCAUCUUUGUCUAACAUACCGACAAUUUUCAUGCCCCAUUUGUGUCCUUUGUCCUCCUUAGUGGCUCAGUGCCGCCUAGACCCUAAUUUAUGUGCAUUGUCUCCUCCCCAUAUAUUAGUUACAUCUCAUCUAAAGUGAUAUUAUUUUCUGGGCUUAUGUAUAUUGGUUCAUCACUUGUGCUUUAGGCUUCCUCGGAUUCUGGUUUCUUCUAUGUUAUCAAUCAUGGAAUCAGUGAGGAAUUCAUGGAUGAGGUUUUUUCCUAUAGUAAAAGGUUCUUUGAUCUACCCAUAAAGGAAAAAAUGAAGCUUUUAAGGAACAAGAAGAAUCGAGGAUAUACCCCUGUUCUAGAUUCACAAUUGGAUCCUAUCAAUCAAGUACAUGGAGAUUACAAGGAGGGAUAUUAUAUUGGUGUUGAAGUACCUGAUGAUGAUUCUGACGCAGAGAAGCCAUUUUACACGCCAAAUGUUUGGCCCUCGACAGAUAUUUUGCCCGGAUGGAGGCAAACUAUGGAGACAUACCAUCGAGAAGCACUUGAGGUGGCAAAAGCAAUUGCAAGACUCAUAGCCCUUGCACUUGAACUUGGGGGCAACUUUUUUGAUCAGCAAGAAAUGCUUGGCAAGCCUAUUGCCACAUUGCGCCUGCUACAUUAUGAAGGUCUAAUAUCUGAUCCCACAAAGGGAUUAUAUGGAGCUGGUGCCCAUUCUGAUUUUGGUUUUAUUACCCUCUUGGCCACAGAUGAUGUUGCUGGUCUCCAAAUAUGCAAGCAUAAGGAUGCCAAACCUCAGAUCUGGGAACAUGUGAAACCAUUGAAAGGGUGGGUUAGUAUAACAUUGAGAUUGUUAAUCAUAGAAAAGAAGAUGAGUUAUACACAAUCUAUCGAAGUUGUGUUUAUCCGUCAGUAUAUAAUUCAUGCAUCAUUCUGGUAAUUUAUAAUGGUCUAGUUAUCCCACAUCGGGUAAAUACUAGGGUAAAUAUGGAUUUAUUUUACAUUGACUGGCUCACUACCUAUGUGAUUGAGCUUUUGGGUGGUCAAGUUGGCUCAAACACGUAUGGUGGAUCCCAUCUUGCCAACAAGUGGUAUCAAAAGCAUGUUGGGCUCUUCCGUUGUGGACUCUCCAACUUCCCGACAAGUGAUAUCAAGGGUUUCCAUAUUGAGCCAACUUCCAAAGCUCGUAACUUACUGGUACUGAGUUCAUCCUAUAUAAAUUAGAAUAUGCUCAUGCCGUAUUGACACAAGUUGGACUUUACUCCAAUAUUAUGCAUGCGGAACAUAUGUCGCAAUGACUUUAUCCUUGUGGUGUCCUGAACAAUAGCUUACCAUCAUUG